GGGGCGAAAUCCUUCCGCUCCCUUUCUCUUCUUCCAGAGCAGCAAACCCCACUGCAUUGCAACCUCACGGAAACAUGUCUGGAUACAACUCCGUCCUCUUACUACGCCUUGUCGUACUGCUGGGGCGCAAACCACUCUCCUGUCCAGAUAAUAUGCAACUCGCAUCCUCUUCUAGUAACGCCCAACCUGCAUUCCGUCCUGUUCGAAUAUCGUCGCAGAGAAACCGGAAUCCCUCUUUGGGUCGACGCUAUAUGCAUCGACCAAUCUAAUAUCACGGAGCGCACAUCUCAAGUUCGCAUGAUGGACCAAAUUUACUCCGAAGCGGAGUGCGUCGUCGUCUGGUUGGGCGAAGCAGAAGCG